GAGUUUGAAAAGCUGUCGGCUUGAUCCAUGUCGCUCACGUGUACCUGCUCGAGACAAUGAAAAGCCUCCAUAUUUUUUUUCUACGCCUUGCAACUUGCAAGGUGCCUCACUCAGCUGAAAUAGCAUUACGUUUGCACUGCACCGUAACCAUUCAUAGUUUUGCAAGCGGGAGUUUGUCCUUCGGUCUCACCUCCUGCAGGUUGAGGAGCACACAGCUUCGAUCUAGUACUCCGUCUCCAAGUAGCUAUCUUGAUCCGAGAUGGAUCCUGAGCAAUGCAGAGAACUUCUUGCCCUGGAGAUGGCACUGUCUGAUGAAAGCGUGGAUCCAGCCCCCCUGCCUCUGUGGCUUUUGAAGGUCAUCACAAAGAAUUUCUCUGAAGGUAAACAAAUCGGCAGCGGAGGGUUCGGAGCAGUUUACAGGGGAGAGCUUUGGAAUGGCACGGUCGCAGUAAAGAAGCUUUUCGAUGCGAUUGUCAUUGAUGAGAAGAAUUUCCAAAGUGAGGUUGAUUCUCUCUUAAGGGUCAGGCACAAAAACACAGUACGGUUUCUAGGAUACUGUUCCGACACUCAACAAGUACCGGACAAAUUCAACGGAGCAUCUGUCUGGGCAGAACGACGGCAGAGAUUGCUCUGCUUUGAGUUCCUACCAAAAGGGAGCCUUGCCGACUAUAUUACAGAUGCAUCUUCUGAACGUCAGUGGAAAACACGAUAUCAGAUUAUCAAGGGCAUUUGUGAAGGUGUAUAUUAUCUCCAUCGGGAGCGUAUUGUUCACAUGGAUCUAAAGCCUCAGAAUAUUCUCCUAGAUGGCAAUAUGAUGCCCAAAAUUGCGGACUUUGGCCUAUCAAGGCGCUUUAGUGCAGCCCAAAGCAGUGACAUGACCAAAAACAUAGUUGGAUCGUGGGGAUAUUCGGCACCAGAAUUCAAAGAAAAAGGAGAGAUAACAUUCAAAACAGACAUAUAUAGUCUAGGUGUCAUACUCAUAGAGAUGUUGACGGGGUGUAACGGGAGCACCAAAAUUGAGGAGAUAAUUGAAAGUUGGACGAGCGCGCCUGAUACAACAGAGAGCCAUAUAUCACUCGAACAAGUAAAAAUAUGUGCUGAGAUAGGGAUACAAUGCAUGGACCAUGAUCCAAAGCAUAGGCCAACAAUAUGCGAUAUCAUCCCCAGGCUCUUUGAUGAAGCGGAAAUUUCAAACUGGUCCGCUAGAGGUGCCGUAAGCACUUCAUCGAUAGCACAAAAAAGGUCUCUCAUCGACAAGUUGAAGUAUGAGUUGAAGUUGAUGAAUUUGUAUGGAGGACAACUCCUACCGAAGCGAGUUAGUGCACUAAACGGAGUCGGAGAGACAAGCACUGAGAUAAUGAGCCUUGGGUUUACGGAUAGUGAGCUUCUGGAUCUCGACCCUCUCGAGCUACGAUUUCCUUUCGAGGCCAACAAGCGAACCAGUCGCACAUUAAGUGUAAUCAACAAGGCAGACCGACAUGUCCUUUUUUGGGUUACACCGGAUCUCACGGAUAUGUAUUGUUGUGAAGAGCACGUGUGUGCACAUGGGCCUGUGACGCCAAUGUCAACUUGCGGUGUUAGCAUCACACUUAUGGAACAACAACAAAGACCACUAAAAACGGACAGUCUGAUCUAUAUACUAAUGGUCACAUCUGAGAACGAGUCCAGACUCAAAGAUUUUAUGAAAAAUAAGACUAACUUGGAAGAUGAUUUUCCGCAGUUAUUUGAUAAGCUAGGUUGCCAGCUGCAUGUGGCCAUGGCGACAGCUGUAGUCUGCCCCCAAAGUGAAACGGCAAUAACCCCCAAGAUAAUAUUUGGCAAGGAACUUCGGGAUUUGACGACGAUGGAUGUACAUCCUACAGAACCAUGGGUUCUGGUAGUAGAGGACCAAAGGGAAGUUUCCAUUUGGAACUACCUGACACAGGCAGUAGUGAUGUCGUUUAACAGCCAUGAAAAACAAGGUUGGGUUAUGAAGAUGCUAGAUCGCUAUGACAGUGUUUAUGCGGCAAAGUUUAUCCCUCGAAAGCAAUGGUUUGUAACUGGGGGAGACUCUGGGUACCUCAGUGUGUACUCGUAUGUUACAAUGACAGAGAUAAAGAAAUUUCAAGCUUACUUUUUCUCUCAUAUCAACUGUUUGGCGGUUCACCCAACGUAUCCACUGCUGAUAACACUGUCCUAUGAUUGUGAUCAAGCCAUCAGGCUUUGGGACUGGGAAAAGGGCUGGCAAUGUUCCCAGAGAAUUAGCAAGGACUGGGCACCUGGAUUUGACACUCAGUUCAAGUUUAACCCCAAAGACACAAGAACAUUUGCUGGUGUUACUGGUCCUCAUGGAAGAACUUGCCACGUCUGGUCAAUUCAUUCUUCCAAGCCUCUCAUCACAAUAAGCCCCCCCAACUGUGACAGGGCUGUGUGUGACUAUCUCUGCACUGAUAGUCACCAACAAUAUCUAAUUACCUCUGCUCAGGACGGUGGUUUAAGUGUAUGGGAUUUGCAGACAGAGACGUGCGUUCAUACACUUGUUUUGCAUGGCAAGUUUAUUGGCCAUGUCGCUUGCCACCCGGCACUUCCACUAAUAGUUGCAGGUUCACGGGACGGGGAUCACUUGACUGUUUGCUUCUGGAACUCUACUAACUACAGGCAUCUGAAAACGGUUCGAUGCACACAUGGUGGCAAGAUUGUGGAUCUUGCCUUUAGAGGCUCAAGAAGGCUUGUCAUCGGAUAUUCUAAUGGGUUAGAAGUCCUGGAAAUCGAUCUGGAAGCAUUAUCACAUCAGCAAUAGGGACAGCGAAGUUAGGGGAAUUGAUCGGGCUGGGUUGAGCUGAGCACCGCUGAACCUCACAUCAAAUUAAUUCAGUAGAAAAUUCGUAAAUUAUCUGUACUGCACUUGGAUUUGCGGAGAACAAAAACGGCUUGACAUUUCAACUGUACGUAGUUAGUACUAGUACAUUGCAGGGCAGAUAGUUAUUUUGCA